GCUGGAAGCGAGUUUUGCCCGGCAGAAAAACAUUCUACAGGAUCCUGCCAAACUGCAGCAGUUGAGUGGGAAAUGGCGACUGCUCUUCUCCGAUGCACCGGAGAUCACUGGAUUGGCCAACUUACCUUUGGGCCUGGCUGUGGGCCCGGUCUACCAGCCGAUCGAUGUCUCGUCGAAGAUUUUCGAGAACCAGUCGCCCAUCGUGCAGAAGCUCGGGCUUGUGAAAGGCAAUCUUCGGGUUGUCGGCACUUUUGCUGCAGCUCCGUUGCGAUCUGUGAAUGCAGCUGGCGUGGUGAACACUUGUGGGAACCGCAUUGA